AUGGCCCCCUCAUCAUCGCCACCGUCGCCCCCAACGGCUAAACAGAUCAGAUGCUCCCCUGGAACGGAAUCUCGAUCCUACCCGACGACAGGUUCGACCGAAUCAGUUCCAAAUCCGGACAAAGCUCAUAUGCUCCACGCCAUCGCAUUUAAUGGAAUCAAGCUCCCUGAAGGCAAGGGCACUGUAGUGGUCGACUGGAGAGACUGGCCCCCUUCCCAGAGUUAUGUGGCGGAGAGCAAAACGGACAAUUCGAGCACGAGAAGUCCGUUCUUGUUGGAGGAGGAAGAGCUAUGCCAGUCGCUCGCGCGGAAGGCGGACCAAGAAGGCGUGGCAAAGUCCAUAGUCUAUGAACAGCUUGCGUGUCUGCGACCACACCACACUCCUGCGGCAUGGGCAUCCAAGAUCAAGAAGCUCCUUCGAAGUAACGCCAAUGACCGAGUACAACAAAUUCUGAGAACAACUAUCGGUCACGCCCUUCAGCCACCGAGCAACGCGAUUGCGGAUCCCAUUGAGAAGACACAGGCCAUUGAGUCAGAAGUGCUGUCCAAUACGAUCGCCACCUCGCAUCCCACGCCAUCCGUGAAUAAGUACGAAGACGUUGACAUGGUUGAUUGUGCCGCAGCCUCAGCACCAGGGUCGGGUGCAGCUGCAGAACCGAGUGAGGUCGAGCUGUCAUGUGGACUGAGCGUUAAUAGUACUGAGGAAACAUUAGACAUGGCAACCACUACGACACCGGCCAGCAACACAUCCCGGGAGUCCCCAAAGCGCACCAAUUAUUGGGCGUCGAAGUUACAACAGAUGGGGAAAUCCGUCUUUGGCUGGUGA